AUGCCGUCACUGCCUGCGCUGCCCUUCGACCUGCGCUCAAUCAACAAACAGUCUCUCUUUCCCACCAACGAUUCACAUAUGGCCGGCAUUCCAAAAUCAGGACAGUCGACGCCAACAAACAAGGCCAACCACACGGUCUUUCUUGUGCACGGGCUCUGGGGCAACGCGAGCCACCUCAACUUUGUUGCGCAAGCCUUGCAAGACAAGUACAGUGAUGAGGAGUUGGUUGUAGUGGCCUGUCGCAGCAAUCCUGGAUCAUUGACAUACGAUGGCAUCGAGGUUGGCGCAGAACGUGUCGCCCGCGAGAUCGAAGACAAACUCGAUGAGUUGAGCCGGUAUGGAUACAAAAUCACGAAAUUCUCCAUCGUGGGUUAUUCGCUCGGGGGCCUCGUCGCACGGUACGCCAUCGGACUGUUGUACCACAAGGGCUACUUUGACAAAAUAACGCCGAUGAACUUCACAACCUUUGCCACACCUCAUCUCGGUGUAAGGACACCAUUGACGGGAUAUUCAAAUCACCUGUGGAAUGUUUUGGGCGCCAGAACUCUCUCUAUAUCAGGGAGACAGCUAUUCACCAUUGACAACUUCAGAAACACAGGGAGGCCUUUAUUGAGUGUCCUCGCAGACCCUCAGAGCGUAUUCAUAUCUGCUCUUGCCAAGUUCCAACAUCGCUCACUGUACACAAACAUCGUCAAUGAUCGUUCGGCUGUUUUCUACACCACUGGUGUAUCCAGGUGUGAUCCCUACACAAAUCUCAGCAAAGUCAAUCUCCGUUAUGUGAAAGACUAUGAGCCGGUCAUUCUUGACCCCAAUCACCCUGUUGAGCGAAAGUCGCAGGGGAAGCUUCCGAAUUUCUACGACCGGGUCCGAGAGAGUGGUCGAACAUUCUUGGGUCGUUUACCCAUUUACCUUGCUUUGAUGGUCAUAAUACCUAUUGCCACGGUAGCUUUCCUGAUCAAUUCCGUUAUUCAGACAUUUCGUAGUCGUCGUCGCAUUCUAUUACACGAAAACGACAACGACGGUUCUUCUGGAUUUGGCGUUUAUCGGAUACCAUACAUGGUUCGAGAAAUGCGAGUUGGGCUUGAAGAUGCCUUUGAGAACGUGAACUCUGCUCAAGAACAGGAAUACCUUCCGGAAGGUUCUGAGGAGCUAGCUGCUGGGGGUGACUCAAGUCUCCCCUCCCGGUUCGCACAGACAUCGGGUGACCUUCUGGAACCAGAGAAAUCAGAGACGGAUAGCUUGAAAAAGGAGCCUGUCACUACUGCUAGCGAGCGAUCGCCUGAGUUUCCAACGCUGGCACUGACCAACGACCAGUUUGCGAUGAUCAAAUCUUUGGAUGACGUCGGGUUUCGAAAAUACCCUGUGCAUAUCACAAAGUCGUCUCACUCGCAUGCAGCCAUCAUCGUUCGCACUUCGAGAGCUGCGUUCGAAGAGGGAAAAGUGGUGGUCAAACAUUGGCUCGAUAACGAAUUUCGCAUCUAG